AUGCCGCGCACCGCCAGACAGAGCUGCCUCGCCCAGCAGCAGCCAGCCAUCCAGGCCUUCACCAGAGCCACCAAAGCCGGCGCGUCGCAGCUGCCAACCACCAAAAAGUCCGCCUCCUUCGCCUCCUUGCCCGUCUCGCCUUCCAAAAAACGGAAACUCCAGGAAUUGGAGAACGUGGAAAGCGCCAGCCCACAACAGACUGCCGAGGAAAAUCUGACACCCUCCAAAGCCCUCAAGCUCAAUCAAUUGUCCGUCUCUUCACCGCGCAGUGGGCAUUAUGCAUCGCCGAAACGAACCCCGAGUCGACGCGCUCGCGCAUCCAAUGCCAAUGUCCAGGAAACCACACCGUCGAAACAGCGGACCCUGAACUUCGAGAAAAUCAAGGCGGAGCCCGCCAUUAUCCCGCGACCGGCGUGUUUUACCGAGAUCCUGGAUCUACACUCGUGCUUUGUCCAGGCUCUGUCGCUCCACGCAGCCCACAAUGGCUCCAACAACCCAGCGGAUCUCAGACAGUUUCUUCCCAGCGUCACUCGCAUCUGGAGGAAGCGCAAGGUGCAGCAGAAGGAUCUGCAGCGGCUGGUCUGGAUCUGGGAUCAGAGCACCAAAUCGAGUAACGUCUCGUACCGUCUAGCAAACUACGGCCUGGGCAAGAUCUACGGAGGAACAGCCCCCGCGCUGCAGGAAUCGUUUGAGCAGGCCCUUGAUUUACUCUGGGAGAAGGCCCAGGAGGCAUUCGAUGGUGCCAGUGACGAAGAUCGGGCGUCGCUGUUCAUUGAGACGCUGGGCUUGUCCCCCGUGCACGAGUCGCUCAUCCCAUUCGCCUCAUUCCACAAGGGUCAGCAGCGCUUGCAGGACUUGAAGGGUGGUAUCAUUCGCAUGAAGACCGAGAAACUGCGCGCCGAGUCCGAACAGUGUUCACCCAAGACGCUAGCCGCCACGACAAACCGCCGACAGGGCCUCUUGGACCGCAUAAAGAACAAACAGCUGCACCAGUCGACGUUACCUCCGCCUCCCACCAAACGCGAGGUCAUCCGUCGCGCCGCAGCCGACCGCGUCGAGGAGGUCGCCGGCAUCUUGGCGCUGCUGCGUCCGGCGGGUUACGUGGGCACGGGGAUCAAAGCCAUGCUGGCUGCGCAGCGCAAGCCGUUCAAGCUUGAGAUGAUCGUGCAGCAUGUGCAAGACUCAAUCCGCAGCCCGAUUGCCUCGGAGGAGGUGGUGAUGUGUAUUGAGAUCCUGGCCGAGGCCGGUGUGGCGGGUCAGUGGGUUAGCAUUGUGCCCAUCAACGAGAUGCGCUCGGUGGUGUUGAAGUCGUGCAGUGAUGUCUCUGCUAAGGAUAUCGGGGCGAAGGUCGCCAAGCUGAAGGCCGAGUGGGAUGCGCCUUGUGGGCAGAAUGCUCUGCUCGCACCUGUUUGA